GCUGGCCGCGCGUUUCCGGCUUGAGAAACCUUGGUGUUUCUGAGGAGACACCUCAACUGGCAGUAACCGCGCGCAGCGAGAAGCCUCCGGAUCCGCCGCUUCCAUUUUCGGCGUCACCAUGGGAGCUGUGCUGGGCGUCUGCUCCCUGGCCAGCUGGGUUCCAUGCCUUUGUGGUGGCGCAUCGUGUUUGCUAUGCGGUUGCUGUCCCAACAGUAAGAAUUCCACUGUGACUCGCCUCAUUUAUGCUUCUAUUCUCAUCCUGGGCACUGUUGUAUCCUGCAUCAUGCAAACGGAAGGGGUAAAAAAUCAGCUGAAGAAGAUUCCUGGAUUCUGUGAAGGGGGAUUUAAAAUCAAGGUGGCCGAUAUAAAGGCUGAUACAGAUUGUAAUGUGCAGGUCGGUUUCAAAGCUGUAUAUCGGAUCAGCUUUGCCUUGGCCAUCUUUUUCUUUGCCUUUUAUCUACUCAUGUUAAAAGUAAAAACAAGUAAAGAUCCCAGAGCAGCAAUACACAAUGGGUUUUGGUUCUUCAAAAUUGCUGCCAUUGUUGGUAUCAUGGUUGGAUCUUUCUACAUUCCUGGGGGUUAUUUCACCACAGUCUGGUUUGUUAUUGGCAUGCUUGGGGCCUUUAUCUUCAUUCUUAUCCAGCUGGUGCUGUUGGUAGACAUGGCUCACUCUAUAAAUGAAUCAUGUGUAAAUCGAAUGGAAGAAGGAAACCCAAGGUGCUGGUAUGCUGUUUUACUAUCUGUCACAAGCAUCCUGUAUAUCGCUUCAAUCCUCUUUGUCAGUUUGCUCUACAUAUACUACACCAAACCAGAUGGCUGCACAGAGAACAAGUUCUUUAUCAGUAUUAAUCUGAUCCUUUGUGUUGUGGUUUCUAUUAUAUCCAUUCAUCCAAAAAUUCAGGAACACCACCCUCGUUCUGGCCUCCUGCAGUCCUCCAUCAUCACACUCUACACCAUAUACCUUACAUGGUCAGCCCUGACCAAUGAGCCUGAUCAUUCCUGCAACCCAAGCCUAUGGAGCAUCAUUACACACCUGACUGCACCAACCUUGGCUCCUGCAAAUUCAACUGCUCUGGUCCCUACCUCUGCUCCACCAACGCAGAGUGGGCAUCUUCUGGAGACUGGGAAUUUUAUUGGGCUGUUAACCUUAGUUUUGUGCCUUGUGUAUUCUAGCUUCCGCACGUCUACCAAUAGCCAGGUAAGUAAGCUGACCCUGUCAGGAAGUGAAAGCGUGAUCCUCCGUGAAACAACUACCAACGGUGCCAGCGAUGAAGAAGAGGGACAGCCUCGGCGGGCUAUGGACAACGAGAAAGAGGGAGUUCAGUACAGCUACGCUAUGUUCCACUUGAUGCUCUGCCUGGCUUCUUUGUACAUCAUGAUGACCGUGACUGGCUGGUACAGCCCUGAUGCGGAGUUCCAGAAUGUUACCAGCAAGUGGCCAGCUGUGUGGGUCAAGAUCAGCUCCAGCUGGGUCUGCCUCCUCCUCUACGCCUGGACCCUUGUGGCUCCAGUUGUCCUCACCAAUCGAGACUUCAGCUGAGCCUCUGAGUGCCAGGGACACCACGUAAAGGUUCCCUUUGCUGAACGCCCUUGUACUUUUGCUUCAGCUAAAAUAUUAAGUGAAUGCUUUGCGAAGUUGACUAUAUCCAAGUGUAUAUCCCAAGGCAGGAUUGAAUAUGAUUGAUACAGGAUCUGAAUUUUUUAUUUACAUGUACAUUGUUUAUUUUUAAGGAUAUAGUGCAAAGGGAACAUUUUUGCCUUGUAAAGUGAACUACAGCUGUGCUGUGAAGAGAGUUCUUUAUUAAGACCUGUAGGUUCCUACAACUUUGAUUUAAAAUAGAAAAUAGAAAAAUAUUGGAUAUUUGAGGCCAUCGUUAAUAUAUUUCUAUUGCAAUAUCCUUAAGGAGCAGAAAAAAAAAGUAAUAAUGUAUUUCUAUGACAGUUUUCCUCUGUGAAAGUCUUUACUUGAUACAAGCAUUCUGUUCAGUCCGUAAGCUCUUAAGAGGUAUAGCAUCAUAGUAAUUGGGCGAAGGAGUGUGUGUGUGGGUCCUUCCCCAGAAGAGGGGUUGCUGAUAGGGCUACUGCUUCUGCAUCUUGAGACUUCAUUUUUUUUAUACUACAGCAUUGACACUGCUCGAUUCAAGUAUGUGGCUUUGCCAGAACAUUAAUUUCAAUAAAUGCUUUGUAGGUUUGGUUAAAAUGAGGACUCACUUAGGAAAAAACUGCAACUUUAGUCUAUGUAAUUAUUUUGUUAUGAGUAUGUAAAAGUAAAAUGCAUGUGAAUUUACUAUAUUUGCACUAUAAGGUAUUUGAUUAAAAUAGACUUACGCUUUUAAGGCCCUUUAACAGCUUUUAUGAAUUAGCAGCCAUUCUGUAUUUUUUAGACUUAUAUAGGCAGUCAGAUUUAUCAGCAGAAUGCAUCUAUUCCUUCUAAAACUGAAGGGCUGGUGAGUAAAGUCUUGAACUCAUUCAAAAAGUGUACCAAUAGGUACCUUCUCCAGGCAAGAUGCUUGGGUAGGUGAGAGGCAGGGGCAGGGACUGGCGGGAACCCUCCUGGAGAGGGAGCAGGCAAGGAGACAGAGGUCUUCAGGUUCUGGGAUACAGCUUUAAGAAUGACAGACACUCGCUCUACCAUCUUGUCUCACAGUUUCCGAGAGGGUGAAAAUGAGCUGACAACUGGUACAAUGUGGUGUGACUAGUCCUGUGACUUAGGAAUUCAAAGGUGCCCAGGUGGGGGUGUCAUGGUAGGCUUCCUGGAAAAAGUGACGUCUCAGCCAAGAAUUGUUAGGAGUUAGCUAAGAGAUGGGAAGUGGGAUGGCAUUGCUGGAGAGUAGACGAGUCUGCAUGUUAAAGGCAGGGAGAUUUUUUAAAAUAUAUUUUAUUGAUUUUUUACAGAGAGGAAGGGAGAGGGACAGAGAGCCAGAAACAUCAAUGAGAGAGAAACAUCGAUCUGCUGCCUCCUGCACACCCCCCAGUGGGGAUGUGCCCGCAACCAAGGUACAUGCCCUCGACCGGAAUCGAACCUAGGACCCCUCAGUCUGUAGGCCGACGCUCCAUCCACUGAGCCAAACCGGUCACGGCAGGGAGAUUUUUAAAGACUUGUUUAAUAAAGCUGGACGGGGGAGAAAUGGGCAGAGACUAGGUUAGGAAGGGCUUUAUAAACCACACUAAAGAGUUUGGACCUUACGCUGAGGGCAGUGGGGAGCAUAUUCAUAGUGGCAUGAAUAAAUUGUGUCUUCAUUCACUGUAUACAUAGAGAAUGGGUUUAGAGAGAGAAGACCAGGUAGUCCAUGUAAGAUUUGAAACAGAAGUAAACAUGAGGAAGGAGAGAAAUUGACAGCUCAGAGCUGCUUAGUAAUUAAAAUUUAAAAAUUGGCAGGUGAUUAGAUACGGGGGGGAGAAGUAGAUUCCUGAGUGAUUCUGGUUUAAACACCUGGGUUUGAUAUGUACGUGAGGGGCAGGAAGAGGGUGUUAGAAGGAUGGAGGUGUGGUCCCUUAAGAAUGGCCAAGAGCAUAUGCUUGGAAGUCUGAUUGGGUUUGCAUCAGUUUUGCCAUUUUCUAUUGUCAAACAGCUAACAUUUAUUGAGGAUAUACUAAGCUUUAUGACCCUGGGUGAUAACUAUCUGCCUGAGCCUCACUGUUUUCUUUGUUUGAACAAAAGAUAGUACCUAGUACAUAAGAUUGUUUAGAGAGUAAAGCUGCUUUGUCAAGUGCUUGACCCACCUUAAGCACUCUGGUAGUAGCUGGUAAUCUGAAUAUGGGCUAAAAAGCUACUGGACAAUAUUCAAAGUCAUAGAUUUUCAGCCAAAAUCUAGUGCAGGCUAGAUUUGAGGUGUUCUUACAGAAUUAAACACAGGGAACAUAGAGGGCACACACUCGGUUGGGGUGCAGGUGUGGGGGGUAGGGAAGCAGGGCUUGAUAAUAGGAAUUGUUGGAACCACCAUCUUUUAAACCAGUGGUUAAUGUUGGGGUACAGAGAUAAGGUUGUAAAGGAUUUGGGGGGGAGACAGGGCAGGUUUAGCCCUUUUCCAGUAUAAAGCAGAUACCCCACUUUCCUUAACAGCAGGGCCACCCAGAUUAAACCCAUUAAAGGUCCUAAACUUCAGAAACAUGGUACACCCCCCCCACACACCUUAUAUAAUUCAAAAUAAAAGCAAUACUAAACUGUAACAUAGGUUUAAUAAAGUCCAAUAAAGUUUUUAAAUUUUUUA